CCCGGGGCCAUGGAGGAGCCCGGCCCCGGUCCGGCCGCGCAGAGCCCGGCGGAGCGCAGCGCCCCGGGAGCGGAAGGAGAGCCCCUCCGUGGUCCCUACACGGCCUUCAUGAAGUCACACCGCUGCUACGACCUCAUCCCCACCAGCUCCAAACUCGUCGUCUUCGACACCUCCCUGCAGGUGAAGAAGGCUUUCUUUGCACUGGUCACCAAUGGUGUGCGGGCAGCUCCGCUGUGGGACAGCAAAAAGCAGAGCUUUGUGGGCAUGCUGACCAUCACCGACUUCAUCAACAUCCUGCACCGCUACUACAAGUCACCCAUGGUGCAGAUCUACGAGCUGGAGGAGCACAAAAUUGAGACGUGGAGAGAGGUGUACCUGCAGGACUCCUUCAAGCCGCUGGUCUGCAUCUCCCCCAGUGCCAG